UUCUUGUUGUAUCUGGAUCAACCAAUGAACACGAAACUAGGUCAUUAUUAACCAUCCCUCCAAUAGUGAAGGAACCCAACACUAAUAUCAUUAUUAUGGCUUCUCCAUUCUCACUCUUGUUCUUAUUCCUGUCCUUGUGUUUCUCUGCUUCCUCAUCCUCAUCGGACGACGCUCCACGAACCUACAUCAUCCACGUGGCGCAAUCCCAGAAGCCCAGUCUCUUCACCUCACACAAAACCUGGUACUCCUCUAUCCUCCGCUCCCUCCCUCCCUCCUCACCCCCCGCCACCCCCCUCUACACCUACUCCUCCGCCGCCGCCGGCUUCUCCGUCCGCCUCAGCCCCUCCCAAGCCUCCCUCCUCCGCCGCCACCCCUCCGUCCUCGCCCUCCUCCCCGACCAAAUCCGCCAUCCCCACACCACCCACACCCCGCGCUUCCUCGGCCUCGCCGACUCCUUUGGCCUCUGGCCCAACUCCGACUACGCCGACGACGUAAUAGUCGGCGUCCUCGACACCGGAAUCUGGCCGGAGCUCAAGAGCUUCUCCGACGAAAACCUCUCCCCAAUCUCCUCCUCCUCCUCAUGGAAAGGCUCCUGCCAAUCCUCACCCGACUUCCCUUCCUCCCUCUGCAACAACAAAAUCAUCGGCGCCAAAGCCUUCUACAAAGGCUACGAAUCCUACCUCGAAAGACCAAUCGACGAAUCUCAGGAAUCGAAAUCGCCACGCGACACCGAAGGCCACGGCACGCACACCGCCUCCACCGCCGCAGGCGCCGUCGUCUCCAACGCAAGCCUCUUCCACUAUGCGCAGGGCGAAGCCAGAGGAAUGGCUACGAAAGCAAGAAUCGCAGCCUAUAAGAUCUGCUGGAAGCUAGGUUGCUUCGACUCUGACAUCCUCGCCGCCAUGGACGAGGCUGUCUCCGACGGCGUCCACGUCAUCUCGCUCUCCGUCGGCGCGUCCGGCUACGCGCCCCAGUACUACCGUGACUCAAUCGCCGUGGGAGCGUUCGGCGCUGCCAGACACAACGUUCUCGUCUCGUGCUCCGCCGGAAACUCAGGACCUGGUCCUUCCACCGCUGUUAACAUAGCACCGUGGAUUUUAACCGUCGGAGCUUCCACCGUCGACAGAGAGUUUCCGGCAGACGUGAUCCUCGGAGACGGAAGAGUCUUCGGUGGGGUGUCUUUGUAUUACGGCGAAAAAUUACCUGAUUUUAAGCUUCCAUUGGUUUACGCUAAGGAUUGUGGAAGCAGGUACUGUUACAUGGGAUCUCUAGAAUCUUCCAAAGUGCAAGGAAAAAUUGUUGUUUGUGACAGAGGAGGGAAUGCUAGAGUUGAAAAGGGAAGUGCAGUGAAACUUGCUGGUGGGUUGGGAAUGAUUAUGGCCAACACUGAAGCCAACGGUGAAGAGCUUCUUGCAGAUGCGCAUCUUUUAGCAGCUACUAUGGUGGGUCAAGCCGCUGGGGAUAAGAUUAAGGAGUAUAUAAAGCUGAGUCAGUACCCAACAGCAACGAUUGAGUUCAGAGGAACUGUGAUUGGUGGUUCAGAACCUUCUGCUCCUCAAGUUGCUUCCUUUUCUAGCCGUGGACCCAACCAUCUUACAUCGCAGAUUCUGAAGCCUGAUGUUAUUGCUCCGGGGGUUAAUAUCUUAGCAGGGUGGACUGGGCGUGUGGGGCCCACGGAUUUGGACAUUGAUCCUAGGAGGGUCGAGUUUAACAUAAUUUCGGGUACUUCUAUGUCGUGUCCUCAUGCGAGCGGCAUUGCUGCGUUGCUUAGGAAGGCUUAUCCUGAGUGGUCACCUGCGGCGAUUAAGUCUGCAUUGAUGACCACGGCUUAUAAUGUGGAUAAUUCUGGGGGGAGCAUUAAGGAUCUUGGAAGUGGGAAGGAGUCAAAUCCGUUUAUUCAUGGUGCUGGACAUGUUGAUCCCAAUAGGGCUAUUAACCCUGGCUUGGUUUAUGAUUUGGACACUGGUGACUAUGUGGCGUUCUUGUGUUCUGUUGGGUAUGAUGCUAAUCAGAUUGCGGUUUUCACUAGAGAGCCUGCUGCUGAAAGUGUUUGUGAAGGGAAAGUGGGGAGGACUGGGAAGUUGGCGAGUCCCGGUGACUUGAAUUACCCUUCUUUCGCGGUGAAGUUGGGUGGGGAAGGUGAUUUGGUCAAGAAUAAACGGGUUGUUACUAAUGUGGGAAGCGAGGUUGAUGCUGUUUACACUGUUAAGGUCAAUCCUCCACCUGGUGUUGGUGUUGGUGUGUCUCCCAGCACGAUUGUGUUCAGUGCCGAAAACAAGACACAGGCGUUUGAGGUCACGUUUAGUAGAGUUAAGUUGGAUGGCUCUGAGAGUUUUGGCUCCAUUGAGUGGACUGAUGGAAGUCAUGUUGUGAGGAGUCCAAUUGCUGUUACUUGGAGCGGUGCAUACUCAUCGUCCGUUUGAAUGAAUUGCUGUGGAGACGACGUCUUUCUCAGGUAGUUGAUGAAGGGCUUCUAAUAAUUUGCGGGAAUGAGAUGUUGUGAUUUUUAAGGUAGUUGGAUCAGAUUGUUGUGGUUUGGUAUGUUUAUCAUGUUGAGAUUAAAACACACUAUACAUGUCUCAUUUGACUGAUAUAAAGGGUAUGUCAUGCUGAACGAGAUCAAUAUGACAGCAUUGCACCUAGAUGAAUUUGCUGAAAAUAUGUAUAUGGCAGUCCGUAAUACUAAGGACAUUUGAAUUUUUCAUGCCUUUUGUGGCGUAUCUCUCACUGAUGUCAAUUGGUGCCUGAUGGAGCCGUGGACUCUCAUCAUCCAUUUGAGUUGCAUUCGGGUGUUUCUGUGGAACACAUCAUUCACAGGUUAUAGAUUUAUUUAAGUCUCUUGUAAUUAUCUGUAAGCUUAUUGCCUUAUUUGAAAAACUACUAAAAUACGUUAUUGGUAUGCUGUUUCUUGCAAGUGUGCUCGGAACAACUUUGAAGUAGUUGAUGGGAGGGCUUCUAAUAAAUUAUGGGGCUAAAUUAGGAUCUGUGACAUGAGAUGUGAUUUGUAAGAUUGUUGGUUCAGAUUAUUGUGGUUCUACGUAUUUAUCAUGUUAAAAUUAAAAACACACAACACAUGCCUCAUGCGAUAUGUAAGGGUAUGUCAUGGUAAACAAGAUGUAUAUGGUGUUAUUUU